GAGGAUGAAGUGUAGUGUCAUGGCGGUUGGUAUGAAGGUGACUGUGGAGGCCUAUUCUUGCCCCACAUGCUUUCCAGACGGAAGGUGGUCCCGGUCAGGCACGUUUCGCCCUCCAUUCCUGCUUCUUCGAAUUCCAUAUACAGUAGAGUCUCGCUUAUCCAACCUUCGCUUAUCCAACAUUCUGGAUUAUCCAACGCAGUCUGCCUCCAGCUGGUAUCCACAGCUGUUUCUCUAGGCAGCAAGGCCUGAACUUUUUCCGGAUUUAAUUUAGGACCACGUUGUUACUGUGAAAAAAAGUGGCAAAGAUGGACCGUUUCCUCUCCUGCACCUUAGGCUUCGUGAUGGUAGGUCUCUCCCUACAAGGCAGGACCAAGCAAGACGCUGCAGUCAAGUCCUGUCCUCCAGAGCUGCUCUCCUACAGGAAAGAUUGCUACAAGUUCUUCUCCUUCAAAGUGAGCUGGAUAGAAGCAGAGAAAAUCUGCCAAGACUACAUGCCUGGAGCCCACCUUACUUCCGUUGAUAGUUUUGCUGAGAUGUCGGAAAUCGACACUUACGUUUUGGACAACUACAAUUAUUUUGAGAAUGUCUGGAUUGGAUUGUAUCGCGUUGGCAAAAACAAAUCAAUACCUGCAGAGAAGAUUAAGUGGUUCUGGAGCGAUGGCUCUUCUUCCAGAUAUCGCUACUGGGAUGAAGGAGAACCCAACAACAAAAACUACAGGGAGAACUGUGUGGAGCUGCUCCAUGAUACAGGGUUUCGCUAUUGGAAUGAUGAAGACUGUGACUCGAAGCGCCGCUUCCUCUGUAAGUACAAGCUUUAAGGCCGGCAGCCAUUUCUCCUGUUUUAGAGGCUCUUCCGCUUCAGUCAGAGGAAGAAUCCCAAGAAGAACCAAUUAAACAGACAAAUGAAAGGAUCUUUCUUGAAAUGAUCCCAACUUGUAUAUUUCUGAAUACUUAGGUUCAUAUAGAUAACCCACAGAUUUAUAUGCAUUUCUUUAAGUCUUGAUAAAAAAACUCCAUAUUUCUGUUGAGUUUCAUUCUAGUUAUGCUAAUGAUUAUAAUAUUUACGAUCUGGAUUCCAUAGUGUUUUAGCGGAAUGUCAUCCCUCUCCCAAGACCCUCGUUUUUCCAGUAUACUUACUGCAUUUUUGCUAUGUGUUUUUAAAUAAGAAAAUGUCCAUUAUAAAAACAAACAAUGUGUUAAAAAAGAAUAACAUGUAAUAAAAGAGAAUGUGAACAAACUGGAUUUAUUAAGUGU